CUCUCACUCAAAAUCUAUUCCCAUCUAGAGGUAUUAAGGAUUUUCGAUGGCUGUAUCGACAUUCUCAGUUUCUCUGCUUUUCUUCUUUCUCUGCUUAGGCUAUUUUGCGCCGGGGUGUCUAACACAAAACCCAACAUGUGCACCUCGUCCACCAGCAAAUGGGGCUCCGAUAUUCCCUAAUGAUGUGGAGAAAAUACGAUUCGCUCUCAAUUUGGAGCACUUGGAGGCUGAUUUUUUCCUAUUUGGAGCGUUGGGGUACGGUCUAGAUGGGGUUGCUCCCGAACUGGCCCAGGGUGGCCCACCUCCUAUCGGAGCAAAGAAAGCCAACCUCGACAACCAUACACGUCAGAUCAUCGCAGAGUUCGGUUAUCAGGAAGUUGGCCAUUUGAGGGCCAUUAAAUCAACGGUUGGUGGAUUUGCUAGGCCUGUGAUCGAUCUAAGCGCUAAGAAUUUUGCUACUAUAUUUGAUAAUGCAUUUGAAAAGCCACUCAGCCCACCGUUUGAUCCUUACAUCAGCAGCGUUAAUUACCUUCUGGCUUCUUAUGUCAUUCCAUACGUGGGACUUGUGGCCUAUGUGGGCACUAACCCAAAUAUCAACGGCUACGUUUCAAAAAGAUUGUUGGCUGGGCUUUUAGCAGUUGAAUCGGGUCAAGAUGCAGUAAUAAGGGCGUUACUCUACCAGCGAGCUGACGAGCUUGUGCCUCCUUACAAACACACGGUGGCUGAAUUCACAGCCCGUUUAUCAGACCUGCGAAACAGACUGGCGAACUGUGGCAUCAAAGACGAAGGCCUUUUUGUCCCACUACAGCUUGGUGCGGAGAAUAAGACAACUAGCAACAUCUUAUCUGCGAAUGCAGAUUCUGUAGCGUAUGCUCGGACGCCUGCAGAGAUUCUGAGGAUGGUCUAUGGAACCGGCAAUGAAAGCAAGCCCGGUGGUUUCUUACCAAAAGGUGGCAGUGGGAGAAUUGCUAGAGGAUUUCUUAAAAAACUAUGAUUUUGUUUGUUUGUUUGUUUGUUUUUUUUUUUUUUUUAAAUAAAAAUUAUUAUCUUUUAUUUGAACUGUGUUUGACACUUCAAAUAAUUAUAAUGUACUUGAGUUAUGAUAUCGAUAGCAUCAUAAACGACUGAUUUUGUAUGGGCGUGGCCAAUUAAAAUUCAUCAAAUAGAAUCUUAGUGCACUAGUAAUUCAUGGUACUUCUAGCUGUAAUGGUACAGUUAUUUCAAUUGAUUCAUCUAUGCAUUAGGUCCAACAUAAUGGGCCACCUUGGAAAUAUCA